CUUCUGUCAUCUGUCUACCUUCCAACUGAUUUGGUUCUUGGCUGCCAUGAUGUUAUGCAGGGCACAAGCUGUUACUGCUCCAGGCAUAAACUCACUUGGUGAUGCUUCUAUCCUAUUUGGCACUUUCCAUCUUCAACCUCACUUCACCUAAUUUCCAGCCUACAGGGAUUCUUCAUGUAAUUUCUGGUCACUGGGAGUUUGCUUUCUUAUUUUUCUACUCUGCUACUCUUAAAGACUGAACAAAUAUUUGAACUUAUAUUUCUCUAGCAACAUCAGGAAGUGGAGACCCAAGAUGUAAGAGAGUUGCUGAACACACCUGCUUCUUUAAGAUGCUCUCUGCAAAAUCCCCAGGAAGUUCUGAUUGUGACAUGGCAAAAAAUCAAGGCUGUAAGCCCAGAAAACAUGAUCACCUUUAGCCAGAACCAUGGGGUUGUGGUCCAGCCUGCCUAUAAGGACAAGAUAAACAUCACCCAGCUGGGACUCAUGAGCUCAACCAUUACCUUCUGGAAUACCACCUUGGAAGAUGAAGGGUGUUACAAGUGCCUCUUCAAUACCUUUGGUUCUGGGAAGAUCUCAGGAAUAGCCUGCCUCACUCUCUUUGUACAGCCCACAGUAUUCCUUCACUAUAAAUUAUCUGAAGACCACCUAAAUAUCACUUGCUCUGCCAAUGCUCGCCCAGCCCCUAUGAUCUCCUGGAAGGUCUCUGGCUCAGAGAUUGAGAACAGUACUGAGAUUCUCUCACACCCCAACGGGACAACGUCUGUCACCAGCAUCCUCCAGAUCAAAGACCCCAAGAGUCAGGUGGGGAAGGAUGUGAUCUGCCAGGUACUGCACCUGGGGACUGUGACCGACUACAGGGAAACUGUGAACAAAGGCUUUUGGUUUUCAGUUCCACUACUGUUAAGUAUUGUUUCCUUGGUAAUUCUUCUGGUCUUAAUUUCAAUCCUACUAUACUGGAAACAUCGUCGGAACCAAGACCGAGAGUCAUAGAGGAGUCACACAGAACCCUGAAAGUUAUUCCCUGGUCUACUUGAAUCUGACUCAGGAGGCAAGCAGGAGAAAGAGGGUCAUUCUCCAAGGAACCUAAAAGAGCAAAAGAAGUUGGAGUCAAAGGCCUAAGAAUUUCAAGAUUUUCUACUGCCAUCUAGGCUACCCAAUGCUUCUGUGAGUUCCAAGAGGAAGUCAUUUUACCUCUCAGGUCUGUUGUAGGACUUGAUUUUGUAAAACAAUGCAGUGUUGUGCUGUUGAAAGGGUACUGGACUUAGAAUCAGGAGCCACUGCUCAGAGGCUGACUUGGACUCCGACUGGUGGCAACUCUAUGUUAAUCACUAUCUCAAUGAGCUUCCACGUUUGCAUACAGAAAAUUAAGGAUUUGGACCAAAUAAUUUGCCAUUCUGCUCUAAAACUGGUUGUAAUUCCAGGAAAAAAAAAAGGAAUAAACAAAGAGAAAAGAAAUGAAAAAGAGA